AUGUGUAGAAAAUCAGAAUAUUGCUUAGUUGAGAAGCAGUGCAAAAUAAGCCUUCUCUGCUACACUUCUAUGCCCUCUGUAUUCUCUUCCAACACCUGGAACAUGCUCAGAUCUGGAAAUACUGGUGUUAGCUCUGAACUUGGUCAUUUUUGGCCAUAUCAACAAACUCCCUGUUCUCUGGCUAUUCUGAGCCCAGAAGAAAACACAUCAUUGGCUUUCUGCCAGUUAAAUCCUAUGGAUUUCUAUGCCACCUCUUCCUUAAACUAUGAUCUUUUACACUGGGAUCAAGGAAGUUUUGGCAACUACCUUGAUUCCAGUGAGGUUGAUUACAACCCUAGCCCUUGGGCACCCUCUAUAGUGAUUGAUCUCAAUCCGAGCCCUUUGGCAGCCAACCAUUUGGUUGAGCCUCUUCCAUUCAACAUGGCAAGGCCUUUUGGCACUCUAUACUCUUCCAUUUAUGGUUGA